AUGUCCCUGCCUUCUUCCCCAAGCCGCUUUUCUACACGCCGCGACCAUAGCAUUACGCCCUCCAAAACAAAGACGACUGACGUCGGCAAACCGCUGGGAGUCUACGAUAACAACUCGGUGCGAGACCGAGUUCGGCAAUGGCAGGCUCAAGGAGGAGGCGUCGUUGUGGCAGAUGAUAUCGGAGUGGAAGAGAACCAGCAACUGGAGAAACACGCUACGAAGAGCAGGACGCCCACAAAGGAGUCCAAGCCCAGAACGUCGUCACGGAGAGGGAAAGACGACCAUGACUACAAUACGCCAACCAGAAGCAGCAGAAGGUCUGUAAAAGCAGAUGGGGAAAAGAGAGACCGUGAUCGAAGUGGAAGCGCCCCAGCAAAGCGCGUGGUAAGUGAUGGGCAUUGGCGGAAGAAGAAAAGUCCAUCAAAGACUAUAGCAUUAUCUAAGGCCAUGAAAGACACAUCUCCGAUAUUGGCACAGCCAGACGACGAUAUUAGAGUGAAGCCAGCAUCAGAGCUAAUGACACCGGAAAAGCGGAGAGGAGAAGAUAACAGUAUAACACCCAAGGGUGAAGGUUCUGGCGGCGACGAUGGCAUCAGGGUUUACGUCACACCACCUAGAUCGCAGAGGCAGUCGGGACAGCAUCAUCGACGGCAAAGUGAGCGCUCGGGGAGCGAAAAGGGGAUCGGGCAUGACAUUGAAGCCCCGAAAGCUAGUCCUACUCCUGGAUCAACGGGACGAAGAAAACGUCCCACGCCGGAAGCGUCACUACGAAUCAGCUCUUCCGGGGCGAAAGAGGACUCUGGGAGACACAGGUCGGAAAGUCAGAAAGCAGAAGAUCUAGACGAGUCUCCUCGGUCUACAGGAGGUGCAAUGUCUGACAGCAGACGCAGCGUCCGAACGCAGAAAAGCAAUCUCUUGAGCCAAGUUUUUGGUGACUCUCGUAAACUCUUCGUAAAGCAGGUACCGGAGCCAACAGCUACCCCGAGGGUUCCAAGCAUUGAAGCCUGGUUGAACGAAACUCCAGAUCCUUUCCUUGACGCAGACGAGCCUCCUCUUGAGGCUAUCCCACCUCUAAAUUCAUCAACCAAGAAGAGAAAAGUGGCAUUACAAGAGAAAGUGAGAGAAGAUUGCACCAGGAUAUCGGAAGCCCUGGACACAAAGGAAGGCACGAGACGAGCCGUCCACGGAAGCAGGAGAAGGAACAGGAUUCCAAGUUCAGCUAUCUACGAAGAUAAUCCUUUUCCAGCCGGCUUUGACUCUGAUUCUGCGCUAUCGGGCUCGGGCAAAGGAACGACAUCUGCGUCAAAAUUUGUGGACCUUGUCCAAGAGGCAGCAGAGACGUCCCCGUCGUCACUCAAAAGGCGCUCCGCGAGAAAAAGUGUAUCUUCACCAGUUCGUGACCGACGAAAAUCGUUCAAUCCAAAAGAGCCUAGCAAAGAAGACGAUGCCGAGUCGGUGCUGUCAUCGAGUCAUACUGUAUCCUCUGUGGAAGGACCGGACCCCAACAAUCCUCUCAAACCUCCUGGACUCAACUCCAAGCGCCCUUUUCCUUCUACGGGAAAGCAUCGUCUUUCUACCAUUGCCUCUGUUGAGACUUUCAAUACAAGUCAGGGUGCUGCACCGCCUUCCGUGUCUGAGAUUUCUAGAUAUACAGCUCGUCCGCCUCCUAUCGAGGAAGACGCAGCUGUCGACGAGGCAAGGGACCAUUUUGAUCUGAACUCAAUGAAGCGAAAGAACAGUCGCCUCACCAAACAUGCUGAUCUCAUAUCUGUCUUGUCAUUACCAAAGGCAGGAAACAGAAGCAUCCAAUCAGCUCGAAGCAUCCGCACGAAUCGGAGUCGACUUGCCACCGCAACUAUGGGGGACUUAAUGCAAGAGUUGGCUACCGAUGAGAGCAAGUAUAUGCGUGAGCUGCGCACUUUGGUCGAUGGCGUGAUUCCCGUCUUGUUAACCUGUGUUUUGUCAAAAUCAGAUUCUGCUGUUGCAGCUGGCCUCUUUAGUGCCUCGGCCCAUACUCACGAGGACCCAAACUUCACGAGGCCUAUUAUAGACAUGGGUAUCGCGCUCGAGCGCUUGAAAACGUUACACAAACGCAUACCACAGGAAGACCCUGUAGCUUUACUCACAUGGGCACAUGGAGCUCAGAGAGUCUACGCAGAGUACUUGAAGGCUUGGCGCAUGGGCUUCCAGGAUGUGGUGGUCAACCUCGCCCCUGCUUUGGAGGGCACCUCCGUAGUGUCCGGCUCACCAAAUGUGAAGUCCAUGGGACUCGAUGAAGGCUUGCCAAGAAAUGAAGAAGGAGAUGUGGUCAACGGAGAUGGCGAAAGAGUUGAUGUUGCUUUCCUUCUGAAGCGACCACUGGUCAGGCUCAAGUACCUGGCAAAGACAUUGAAGGGUAUAAACUUUAUCAAGUCUUCGGCAGAAGCUGAAUUGCUCGCUACGAAAUAUCAGAAGCUUGUAGACGACGCUAGGCAGCGCUCAAACGAAGAACGUGCGCGGCUGGAAGAUGAGGCGGCUUCUAACAUUGAUCCCACCCGGGCUCGAGACCCAAGGACUCUUGCCCCAUUGACUGGUGUUGCCAUUGAUAGAACAUGUCGUGUUCGAGCUAGAGACCAUUUCAACCUCGCUCUUCAGCAUUCAAGUGGGCAACGUGUGGACUGUCGCGUCGAGCUCAUCAUUCGUGACGAGGCUUCUGAUGGUGACGGUAGUAGGGAUUUACUCAUCUGUGAGGUCGACGCAACAGGCCGCUGGCUACUGUUCCCGCCCGUCCAUCUCGGUACUGUAUCGGCUCGGAAUGGAGACCUAAAGGGCGAAAUAGUUAUCAUGAUUAGAGGAGCCGGUGCUAAUAGGUUAGAGUGGCAGGAGCUGUUCUCGCUGAGAUCUGAAGACGAACAAGCAGGCUUUGAGUGGGUCCAAAUGCUCGGUUUAACACCCAUACCUCCAAGGAUCAUGAGAUCUCAGAGUUUUCUUGGCCGACAUCAGCGGAUGAAGUCCGAAUCAGGCCCUGAGCCUCCUAUCACCUCCAGCGCGCCGAGUAAGAGCAGGACGCCGAGUCCAAGAGAAGUCGAGAUCCCCAUCGGUGAACAAGGAAAUAACGGUUCCAAGACUUGGACAGAGCCACUGCCUUCUGGAAUGCCCGGCUCACAUGGCACCCCGUCUUCAAGAGAAAUAGCCAUGUUACAUAACCAGUCCCACAGCAUUCCUCCAAACACUCCAUCAAGAUCAUCCAACAACUAUGUGGACCAGGUCAACGAUCUUCGUUCACUUCCUAGUCAAAGCCGAAACCGUGACACCACAGCCUCUGAGCCGACUCGUACACCGCGAAGCUUCAAGGAAGCGCUGGGCUUAAGCGGUACUAGCACCUCUGUUGGACUCAAACGCGCCAGAGCUAAGAGGCUAUCGAGGCAUGGUAAGAGCUCACCAUCCAGUCCGAAGUCGAUGGAUGCGCCCCGCAGUCGUAGCGAGUCUCAAACACCAUCUUCAGAUGUCUUUACUGCUCAAAACCCAAUAGUGGAUUCACAGAACAAAUACUCCAACAUACGUUCUUUGUCGCCAGAGCUGGGUGAAGAACAUGCAGGCCUCAGCCCCGAGUCAGGUAAUAAUCAACAGAAGGAAAAUACUCGGCCGUCUUAUCAUCGAUCACGAUCAUCAGUACCCUCGAUGGAACUUCCGUUCAUUCCGAAAGCACGGAACAACAGCCCGCCCACAACACCCAUAGCCGAACCGGAAGAGGAGCCGCAAUGGCCUACACCUUCUGCCUCAGUGGAGCCAGUGUCUCCUUCCAGAUUGGGCAAGAAGCGUCCUGUAUCUUCAAAGGUCGACGUCCCGCAAGAUUUCUCUUCAUCACCAGUGUCCGGUCACCAUUCGCCAAAGCUGAACGAAGCAAAGACUCCGGUCCUUGGAAAGAGUCAUUUCAAGCCGAGACGGUCCUCGUCACCCUUGAAGCAUGAAUACGAGCCAUCAACGGCAUCCGAAAGUUCUUCUGAGUCGCAGACUUCUACCGUCGAGCACAAUGAAGCAACGUCGGUGUCCGACUCGUCUGAAGACGAAGAGUUGGAGGAAGGCGAUGCUCCGACCCCCUUGAUGCCUCUUGGGGCUUUGAAGAGUCUCUCACGUCCAAAGGUCGCUCCCAGGACAUCCGUGCAUUCAACCCCAGAUGGUACUAUCAAACCCUCGGAAUCAGCCUCUCAAGCUCCCUACAAGACGGUACCGGCUCAACCGUCAAAGGCUUCAAAGACCAUCGCCUCAAUCUUUUCGUGGUCGGACACAGGCUCCUGGCAAAGUCUACACCCCGAUGAAUGCAGCAUUGUGAUCACGCCUGGCCUGAUCGAGGCCUACGAGAUGUCUGCUGCUCACUCAAAAGAUGUGCCACUUUCUUCUUCCACCCCUGUUGUCGACAUGGAUGCUUUUUCGGACCUCGCAUCUAAUUUGACGAGUCAGAAUGACGAAGUCCAGGGAGACCGUCCUCUGGUCGGCCUGGAGCUGACUCCUCUGGUUCCACUUCGCCGUGGUACUGCCCUUGAUAUUUCUAUCCGCUCGCCUCCAACGCCCAAUGCCCAGAUCACUUCAGGCAACAACAUCAUGUUUCGCUCUCGCAAUCCAGAAGAGUGUGAAGCACUUUACGCAUUGAUCAAUCACUCACGCAUCAACAAUCCCACAUUCAUUGCCCUUCAAAAUGCAAGGGGUCCCUACGGUUCCGGCAACCCGCUUUCGAAUCGACGAGCUAGCAUCAUUGUCGGCGGUUCGAGGUCCAGCUGGUUUGGUGGAUGGGGUCGCUCUUCGAGCUACCGUGCUAGCAGCGCCCCAACACCUAGCAUUGCACCCAGCGACAGCAGCGUAGGUAGCAUGUCGAGCGCUUUUUCCGCCCUCAAGCGCUUCGGCAGGGGCAGUGGCAUGUUCAACAUCUCACGCAGUACCAUUACUUCUCGCGAAGGCAGUAUCUAUACGAGCUCUGACAAUUCCAGUGGUAGUGGUACCAGCUCGCCUAUCCCUCCAGGGAUGAUCACUGCUGGUAAGGAUGCGCCCAUUGGCCUCAGCAACGCUAAAAUUCGCCUUUAUAUUCGCGAGACUGCAUCCAAGUGGCGUGACAUGGGCUCUGCACGCUUGACGAUCAUGAGGCCCGACAGAAGCAACGUGGGACCUGAGGGCAGACCACUGAGUAGUGCGCACCAAGGUCUUAACGAGAAGAGGAUCUUAGUGCACGGGAAGACGAAAGGAGAGGUGUUGCUGGAUGUACAGUUAGGAGAGAGCUGUUUUGAGAGGGUGGCAAGGACCGGUAUUGCGUUGAGCGUAUGGGAGGAUGUGAUCGGGCCGAAUGGAGAGGUCGGCGUGGUAGGCGCUGUUGGUGGGGUGGGAGGUGGCAGGGCCACGGUCUAUAUGAUACAGAUGAAAAGUGAAGCCGAGACGGCGUACACGUUCUCUAUUGUUGGGAAAUUACGGUAUUAA